AGCCUCGAGAACAUGGACUCGUACGCGGGCGCGGCGCCUAGCUACGUCAACCGCGGCGCCACGCAGGCGGACACGGCCGGCCCGCAUGUCAGAAACCUGACCGAGGGCAGCUUCCAGGGCAGCGGUACCGCCGGCGGCCCGCUGCCAGAGCCCGGCAGCAAAAAAGACCAGGCGCGCUUGGCUAUCGGCAACUCGCGG